AUGUACACCAAGACGCUCUUUGUUGCUCUGCUUGCGGCCACGACGGCCUCGGCUUCGGCCAUCCGCUACCGUCAAGCUCAGGCUGACGGUGCCGCCGACUUUGGCCAGUGCGUGCCAACCAUGGACUUCCAGUUCGGCCGUGCAGGCCGGGAUGCCGAUGAGGGCACCUUCCUUCCCACCGACCCUCUGGUCGCCCAGGGCCAGCAGGACGCCCUGAACCCAAACAUUAUCACCAACCGCAUCUGCGAUCAGCUCGUCAAUGUGUGCGAGGCCAACGACGCUGCUAUCCAACUGUGCGAGCAGGCCCAGGCCGAAGUGGCAGCUCUCGGCACAAAGGACGCAACCACUGCCGACGCCUUCAACGCUGCCCUUGGCUUCUGA